CCCCAUUGCUUAGAGCAUGGAGUCGUGUUUGAUUUCAAAAGAUGAUCAUACGACCUGGUGGGUUUUCACUCUUCCAGCCAUUUUCGGAUCUGAAAACCUUCUUGAUAUCUAUGUUGUGUUUUCCCUCUGUAUGGGUUUUCUGUCUGUUGCUCUUCUGACAUGGACUUUUUCGGUCGGAGGAAUUGCAUGGAAAAAUGGAAGGAACCAUAAAGGCCGCCUUCCUAUCCCAGGUCCUAGGGGUCUCCCUAUAUUUGGCAGCCUCUUUACUCUGAGUCGUGGUUUGGCUCACCGUUCUCUGGCCGACAUGGCUUGGACCAGGUCCAACACCCAGCUCAUGGCUAUUAGCCUGGGUUCCACACCUGUCGUUGUGGCGUCUACUCCUCAAACCGCUCGAGAAAUCUUGAACUCCCCACACUUCGCCGACCGGCCCAUCAAGCAGUCGGCCAAGAGUCUCAUGUUCAGCCGCGCCAUAGGGUUCGCUCCCAAUGGAACCUAUUGGCGAAUUUUGAGAAGAAUAGCUUCGUCCCACCUCUUUUCAGCAAAGCGCGUGAUGGCACAGGAAGCCGGUCGUCAACUAGACUGCACAACCAUGCUAAACGACAUAGCAAACGAACAGAAGAUCCAUGGAGUUGUUUCUUUGAGAAAACAUCUUCAGUUUGCUGCUUUGAACAAUAUUACGGGAAGUGUUUUUGGCAAGAGAUAUGAUCAGGAAAAGGAUAGUGAAGAACUGGAAGAGCUUAGGGAUAUGGUAAGAGAAGGGUUUCAACUCUUGGGAGCUUUUAACUGGUCUGAUUAUUUUCCUUGGCUGAGUUGUUUUUAUGACCCUUUUCGUAUCAACCAACGUUGCUUGAAACUCGUUCCCCGAGUUAGAAAGCUCGUCAAAGGCAUCAUUGAGCAACAUCAAAGGUUCAGUGAGUUGAAAAGCCUUUCUGAUAAUGAUGAUUUUGUAGAUGUUUUGCUCUCUCUUGAUGGUGAAGAAAAACUCCAAGAGGAUGACAUGGUUUCCGUUUUAUGGGAAAUGAUUUUUAGAGGAACCGAUACGACCGCUUUGUUAACCGAGUGGGUCAUGGCUGAGUUGGUGUUGCACCCGGAAGCACAAGCCAGGCUACAACGCGAGAUUGACGGUGUCGUGACAAACAAAACCCUAACCGACGCCGACGUGGCGAAAUUACCUUACCUCCAAGCGGUGGUGAAAGAAGCCCUACGAAUGCAUCCCCCAGGGCCACUCCUCUCAUGGGCCAGGUUAUCCACGUCGGACGUCCAGCUCAGCAACGGCAUGGUGGUUCCCGCCAAAACGACUGCCAUGGUGAACAUGUGGGCCAUAACACAUGACCCGCAAGUGUGGGAGGAUCCACUGGAGUUUAAGCCCGAGAGGUUCUUGGUGGCUGACGUCGACGUCAGGGGCGGCGACUUGAGGCUGGCACCGUUUGGCGCCGGGCGCAGGGUCUGUCCCGGGAAGAACCUGGGCCUGGUGACGGUCAACCUGUGGGUAGCCAAGCUGAUCCAACGUUUCAAGUGGGUUCAAGAUUAUGGUGUGCACCCAGUUGAUUUGACCGAGGUCCUGAAGCUGUCUUGUGAAAUGAAAUUCCCUCUGUGUGCCGUUGCCCUAGAGAGAGAACCAGGGUUUUAGGG